AUGCAUUCUAAUAGCGCAGGAGUUAUUGGGCUAAAUGUAGCUCUGGUUCUUGCGGAAAAGGGCUUUGCCAAAAAUACAACCAUCGUUGCCGAGCACCUUCCGGGUGAUACAUCCAUCAACUACACUUCCCCAUGGGCUGGUGCCAACUUUUCUGCAAUUUCUGCAAGUGACAAGAACGCAUUACGUUGGGACCGACUCGGAUACGAAUAUCUAUUACGCCUUGCAAGUCAGGAUGGCGCGAGAGCAUUUGUUCAGGCAACACCUUCAACAGAGUACUGGGACGAAAAGCCCGCCCCGGAGAAGCUGACAUCAAUGAUGUCAUAUCUUAAAGAUUUCAAAGUUAUACCAGAUAAGACCUUACCGGAAGGCGUAGCGUUUGGCAUUACCUUCACAACGGUGACACUGAAUGCGCCGAUGCAUUUGGGCUACCUUAUCCAGAGGCUCACAGAAGAAUACGGUAUUCAGGUCAUUCGCAGAAGGGUUUCAGGGAUUCAGUCAGCUUUUCUUACCCAAGAUACAAAGGUGGUGUUCAACUGCACAGGAAAUGCCUCCCGACUCUUGCCCGGUGUUCAAGAUUCCAAAUGCUUCCCGACCAGAGGCCAAGUAGUACUGGCCAAAGCUAGACACGUCACUCAGAAUGUGAUCCGACACGGAAAAGACUACGAGACGUAUAUCAUCCCCAGACCUGGCUCGAACGGAAAUGUGAUACUAGGUGGAUUCAUGCAGAACGGUAUUAGAACGGGCGACACUUUUAAGGAGGAGACUGAGUCAAUUCUGUCACGAACAAAAUUAUUACUGCCUGAUCUUGAUUCUCCAAGGACAGAACAACUCGCCGUUUUCGCAAGUUUACGGCCCUCACGAAAAGGGGGUGCCCGAAUUGCCAAGCAGGAAAUCAUUCUUGAUGAUGGAAAGCGCACAGGAAUGAUUGUUCAUAACUAUGGCGCUGGAGGAACUGGAUUUCAGGCAGGAUAUGGGAUGGCGACUGACGCGGUUGGAUCCGCCGAAGAAACUCUGCGAUAUAUCUCAUUACACUCGGACGGGCCACGGACGCGACUCUAG